AACCGAGCUGUAAGGUUGCCUGCCAUGCAAAUGUGCAUGGAGGUUAUUGUUUUGAUAUAACUGGGAUACAGACGAAAAGCCUAAAUUGGAAAGAAAUAUUUGCUUCUGUUUAGUAUCAAGUUAACGGAAGUGAAAUGGUUUUAACAGCAGAUAUACAACUACCCACUGAGGAGGAACUAACUGUACAAGAAGUUAACUUAGGAUCACCAGCUUUACGAGCUGGUGCCUUCCAUUUAGGAAAAUAUUGUGAACAGGCAAAUAAUGAAUUUAUGCUAUGUCGGACUGAAUGGAAAGAUCCCCGGAAAUGCCUGGAAGAAGGAAAAGCUGUAACGAACUGCUCGCUUGAGUUUUUUAGGAAAGUGAAAAAGUCGUGUCAGCAGGAGUUUGAGCAAUACACAAACUGUAUUGAUAAGUCUAGCAGCCUUUUGGAGUACAAGUACUGUCGCAAGACACAGGGAGCAUUUGAUAAAUGUAUGCUGGAUAAUCUGAACCUGGAACGCCCUCCAUUUGGUUACUUCUGUGAAGCAAAAGUAAUAGAUACAAAACGACCAAAACCAGAGGAAGAAAAACCUGCAAUCUAUCCAGAUGCUACUCCAUAUUUACCAGAAGAUUACCCACGGCCACCAGCCAGAUAUGGUUCACGCUUCCACUGGUUCAACUAGAUAACUGCUUUUGUUCCUUGUGGAGUUGGCAACUUUUGUAGUAGGCCUAUCUCAAAUAAUACUGCCGAGUAGGUCAUAUUUCUGUAUCAAUUUUGAGAUCAUAAUUAAACUAGACAAAUGCUUUAUUUAAUUUGA